AUGGGCUUCUCCGCCCUACUCGCCAGCGCCCUGUGCACCUUCCUGCUGCCCCUGCUGCUCUUCUUGGCCGCCGUCAAGCUCUGGGACCUGUACUGCGUGAGCAGCCGCGACCCUAGCUGCCCGCUCCCGCUGCCCCCGGGCACCAUGGGGCUCCCCUUCUUCGGGGAGACGCUGCAGAUGGUGCUGCAGCGGCGGAAAUUCCUGCAGAUGAAGCGCAGGAAAUACGGCUUCAUCUACAAGACUCACCUCUUCGGGCGGCCCACGGUGCGAGUGAUGGGCGCCGAGAACGUGCGGCACAUCCUGCUGGGCGAGCACCGCCUGGUCUCCGUGCAGUGGCCGGCCUCGGUGCGCACCAUCCUGGGCUCGGGCUGCCUCUCCAACCUCCACAACGGGCAGCACAAGCACCGCAAAAAGGUGAUCAUGCGGGCCUUCUCCCGGGACGCCCUGCAGCACUACGUGCCCGUCAUCCAGGAGGAGGUGAGCGCCUGCCUGGCACGGUGGCUGGGUGCCGCAGGGCCCUGCCUCCUGGUGUACCCCGAGGUGAAGCGCCUCAUGUUUCGCAUCGCCAUGAGGAUCCUGCUGGGCUUUCAGCCCCGCCAGGCCGGCCCCGACGGCGAGCAGCAGCUGGUGGAAGCCUUCGAGGAGAUGAUCCGCAACCUCUUCUCCCUGCCCAUCGACGUGCCCUUCAGCGGGCUCUACCGGGGCUUGCGAGCGCGCAACAUCAUCCACGCCAAGAUCGAGGAGAACAUCCGUGCCAAGAUGGCCCGCAAGGAGCCCGAGGGUGGCUACAAGGACGCGCUGCAGCUGCUGAUGGAGCACACACAGGGCAAUGGGGAGCAGCUCAACAUGCAGGAACUGAAGGAGUCUGCCACGGAGCUGCUGUUUGGGGGCCAUGAAACCACUGCUAGUGCUGCCACAUCGCUGAUUGCCUUCCUCGGGCUCCAUCAUGAUGUCCUGCAGAAAGUGAGGAAAGAGCUGCAGGUGAAGGGGUUACUAUGCAGCCCCAACCAAGAGAAGCAGUUGGACAUGGAGGUCUUGGAGCAGCUGAAGUACACAGGCUGUGUCAUCAAAGAGACCCUCAGGCUGAGCCCUCCUGUUCCUGGAGGAUUUCGAAUUGCACUCAAGACCCUUGAGCUGAAUGGUUACCAGAUCCCAAAAGGUUGGAAUGUUAUUUACAGUAUCUGUGAUACCCACGAUGUGGCAGAUCUGUUUACCAACAAGGAUGAAUUUAAUCCAGAUCGCUUCAUGUCUCCAUCUCCGGAGGACUCCUCUAGGUUCAGUUUCAUUCCUUUUGGUGGGGGCUUGAGAAGCUGCGUGGGCAAAGAGUUUGCAAAAGUCCUUCUAAAAAUAUUUACAGUGGAGCUGGCUCGGAGCUGUGACUGGCAGCUGCUGAAUGGACCUCCUACAAUGAAAACGGGGCCCAUAGUGUACCCUGUGGACAAUCUGCCUACCAAAUUCAUAGGUUUCAGCGGGCAAAUUUGA